UGGAAUGAUUUUCUAUCAUCACUUAGUAUUUUUUUCUUCAUUUUAUCUGACUCGAUUGUCCUUUGCUGAAAAUGGCAGGAAUACUGAGUUAUGUUCUUCGAAGACAAUUUUCAACUUCUAGGAGACUUAUGGCUCAUGGAGGAACUCCAGAAGAAUUGGAGGCUGGUAUGAAACUGUGGAAGAAUCUUGCACUGUUUGUUGGAAUCCCUGCAGUUGCACUAUGCAUGAUCAACACCUACCUUACUACCAAAGAGGAGGACCACACACCUCCAGAGUUCCACGCUUACGAGCACAUGAGAGUCAGGACAAAGCGAUUCCCAUGGGGUGAUGGUAAUCACUCCUUGUUCCACAACCCACAUGCCAAUGCUAUACCCAGCGGUUAUGAAGUGGAUAUCCAUUCUCAUCACUAGGCCAUCUUAUUACCGUGCUAGUGCAGUCUACUGCUGUAUUGAAUCCUUUAAAAUUGUCUGUUGAUAAAUAAAUUAAUGAUUAAUAAAUUAUAAUCUUCUUUUGUUAA